AAUUACGUCACUCAGACAGCCGGAAGCUGGAUCUGUUAGAAGGACAAACGCGUACGUGGACGCUGCAUUGAGCAGUGUACGGCAGCGUCGCCGCCAUUUUGGAUGUGGCAAACAAGAAUAAUGCCUCACUCUUGUGCUGCGUGGAAGUGCUCGAACCGUUUUACAGUCGAAACCAGGUCACAUGGGAUUACCUUUCACAGGUUUCCCAAAGACAAAGGGCUGCGAAAGCAGUGGGAACUAGCUACCAGAAGGAAAGGGUUUUCUGCUAGCCCGUCGUCCAUGCUCUGCAGCGAGCAUUUCAGACCCGAGGACUUCGACAGAACAGGUCAGUCAGUCAGGAUCAGAUAUGGAGCUGUUCCUUCGGUCUUCUGUUUACCAGCUCAUCUUCAGAAGGCUGUGACUACCAGGACAUCUCAGACCUCAAAGAAGGCUCUAGAGCCUCUGCCAGUCCACUGUUCCCAGGUCGUCCAGCAGACCAAACCCCUGGCUUUGCACAGUGUUGACCACUCCUAUGCUCUGCCUUCGUCACCUGACGAUCUGAGAGUGAGGCUCAAUAAAGCCAUAGCUAGGGUGGAGAGUCUGGAAAGAGAGAAGAGGAAUGCCAAGGACCGAGAAAGAAGAGCAAGGAACACUGUGUGUGGCCUUCUGGAGUAUCUCAGCGGGAAGCAGCUGAUAAAUGAAGAGCUGAAAGAGAGGCUCAGCUUAUACUCAGAUCUCCCAGUGCACCACUUGUCGAAACAAACAAAGGAGGGCUGAUGAUUCCUUCGGAGGGCACAGUAAAGGUCAUCAAAUCAGCUGAGCGUUUCAUCUGGCAGUCUGCUUCAGGGCAAACUGUCAAAGUGUCCUUGAUCGCUCAGGUUGUUUGAGCUGAGAUUGGUUCAGAGGAUGUUUUUUUUUUCUCAACGGGAACAUUUGGGAAACUUGGUUUGGAAUCGACAACCACUGCUUUAUGCUUGUCAUUAGUCAUCUGUCUUGGACAAACUGAGGCUGCGCCACAUCGCCGAGCUGAAGACUCAGCAGUUAGAGAGGGGCAAAAAAAAAAGCUGUGCAAGGCAGUUCGGUUCAAUGGGUUUUAGCCCCCACACGCACACGCGCAUGCACGCACACUUGUUGUGAUUUAUUGCCAUAUAAAUAAAGAUCUUUGAGUGUGUCUGCUCAUCAGAUUUUUUGCAUGUGCUUCUUGGCCCUCUUGUUUUUGUCUAACAUUUAAUUUUUUUAAUUAAAUUUGCUAAAACAAAA